UUUUUCGCUUCCUAUGGGCAAACCCAUCAACCAAACAUCAAUAAAACAACAUAUGCGAAAUUCUGAAGAAGAAGAAGAAGAAGAAGAAAUUGGAAACCCUAAUUUAUACGGAAAAGAAGACAGACAGAGUGAUCGAUUUGAUACUAUUCAGCUAUGGCUGCAAAGAUUCUUGCUAACUUAAUUGUGAUGGGUUCUAGUAUAGUGGCAAGGGCUCUAGUUCAAGCAUAUCGUCAGGCACUUCAAAAUGCCUCAAAAUCAGGUGUGGCUCAAGAAACAUUACAGAAUGCUGUUCGUAGAAGCAGCAAGGUCAUGACAGAGCAAGAAGCUAGGCAGAUUCUUAAUGUCUCAGAGACAACCACUUGGGAGGAAGUUAUGAAGAGAUAUGACACUUUAUUCGAAAAUAAUGCCAAGAACGGGACCUUUUACCUUCAGUCAAAAGUUCACAGGGCCAAGGAAUGCUUAGAGGCUGCAUAUCAAGACAAAGGUCAGGGUACGGGUACCCCUAGUUGAGAGUAUGGUUGUAAUUCCUCCAAUUUUUGCCCUUUUCAUUUAUUGUAUAAUUAGUGUUCAGGCCUAAUGGCCCGAAAGAUUGAAACUGUAUACACAUGUUCGUUUAUCUCAUCCCCCUUGAAAUGCGAGAGUUUGUUGAAGUUGUUGUGUUCACAUCUUAUGUUUGAUCAAUAAUAAUAAUAGUAGUUGGGUUGGAA